AAAAAAAAAAAAAAAAAAAAUUCGCUUUAUAAAUUUUUUUAAUUAAUACUCAAUAUACACAAUAACAGAAAACAAAAUGUUGAAAGAGCAACUAGUGGUGUUAGCAAUCGAUAGAAAAAAUCUUCUCGAUACCUUCGAAAUUGCGAUUAAACGACUGGAAGCAUGCAUUGAUUCUACUAGGCACUAUUCUGAUUGGAAUCAAAGAAAACAAUCUCGUGAUAACAUUGACAGUAUUCAAUUCCAAGACCUAGAGUCCAAUAAGCAAUAUUUGGAAGUUCACCUAUUUAACGUUGGUUCACAACUCAGAGAUAAGGAAAAUCCAUCUUUUCUCGUUGAGGAAUUAGAAGAAGAAUUUAAAAGAUGGAUUUCAAGCACUGGGAUUAACGUUAAUAACUGUUCGCCAGAAAUAGUGAAGCUCAUAGGCCUAACCCAUGAUUUUCUCACAGCACAGGCAGAUGAAUAUGCUCGGAAAUUGUCACUUGAUGCUCAAGAAAGAAAUAAACGAAUGAGCAAUGAACAGUUAAAACAUGCAUUAAACUUUAGUUUCGGUAACGUGAAUAACUAUUUCAAUCAAGUGAGAAAAGAGGAAAAAGAGCUAGGAAAUAAAAAUUAUAGCGAAAUAACAAUUCAAAACAAGUUUAAUGGAGAUGCCGAACAAGGAGGUAAAGAUCUCGAAUUGAUCCUUUCAGAAUACAAGAAGAGAGGAUCAUACGGACAAGUAAUGGAUCAUAGCUGAAAUAAAAAAAUCAAGAAACUAACGAGCUCAAAAUCAAAAUGACGUCUUUAGUUUACAUUUGUUUAGUUUACUUUUGAAUAAAGUGGUCAAUAGUGUAUUAAUUAUUCUUAUUUUAUUUAUUUUAUAUGUAGUUAUUAACAUUUAAACAAGUAUUUUAACUAUCUUUUACAUGAUUAGUUCUACCUUUUUUUUUCCCUUCUUGGUGUCUUGGA